CUUUAUCUCGGACAUAAACUCCAAGCAUAAAUCAAAUUUGAAAUAUAUAAAAGCAAACAGAAAACUAGUUAAAACUCGUAUCUUUCAUGUCUAGUAUCAGUUCAAAGUUUGACCCCGAUAACUUUGCUUAUAUUGUUGGCAUAGAUUUUGGAACCACGUUUAGUGGAUGUUCAUAUGUAUACACCAGUGAUACAGUAGAGGAAAUACAUGAUAUUACUGACUGGCCCAAACAAGGUGGAAAUGUAUAUCCAAAAGUUCCCACUAAGCUGCUUUAUGAGCCAGGAAACAAAGAACCCAUUGCGUGGGGUUAUGAGGCCGUCCGUAAGGCAUCUACUCCAAAGAACAAUUAUUUAUUGGUGGAUAACUUUAAGCUCUUGCUUGAUCCCCAAUAUUCCCAAUUCAGUCAGCUCCCAAAUGGAUUAACCCCUCUGGAAGUUAUUUCUGACUAUAUUCGCAUGUUCAAUAAGUAUAUUCAUAAUGAACUUGAACGUAAUCUUGGUGCUGUGUAUGACCCUUCGCGAAUCAGAUACUGUCUUACCGUGCCAGCAAUGUGGAAUGAUCUUGCCAAAGCUACUAUGCGUGAAGCAGCCAUUAUUGCUGGAAUAGUUGACCGCAUUGACCAUCCUGACAGAUUGCUAUUGACUAGCGAACCUGAGGCCGCGGCUCUUUAUUGUGAAAAAAGGACCAAUCAGUUUCAACUCACUCAUGGCCAGCGUUUCAUGAUUUGCGAUGCUGGAGGCGGCACAGUAGACUUGAUUGUUUUCGAAAUUAAUGAGUCUGACGGAGUAAAGUCCCUUAAAGAAGUUACAAAGGGCUCAGGAAGUUCAUGUGGCUCAACAUUUCUUGAUAAGAAUAUGAAAGAGUAUAUAGAGCGUCGAUUUAAUAACUCCAGAAUUGAUGAACAAGCAAUUGAAUACUUGAUGAAACAGUUUAUCAAUACUAUAAAACCUGGAUGGGAUAACGAUGAAGACGAUUUCUUUAACUUGCCUGCUGGAAUUAACUUGGAAGGCAUGGACCAGGAGGCGGUUGGAAUAGUAGAUGGAAAAUUACGUGUCCCAGUGGAAGACAUGCGUAGAGAAAUAUUCGAACCAGUAGUCUUGAAAGUACUUGAGUUGAUAGCAGGUCAAAUUAAGCAAACUGAAGUCAGCUUGAGCGCGAUAUUCCUAGUUGGUGGAUUUGGACAGUCCAGAUAUCUUCAUAAGCGCAUACAAGGAAAUUUCCAGAAGAAGGCAAGCUCAAUUGCUGUUCCUUCUCGUGGGGAGCUUGCAGUUGUCAGAGGAGCUGUUAUGUUCGGACUGAACCCGCGUGCUGUGACACAUAGAACGUCACGACGUACAUAUGGCUUGAAAACGUAUAAACCAUUUGAUCCGACUGUUGAUCCGGAUAACAAAAAGGUCUUGCUCCCUGAUGGAAGGACAUUCUGCCGUGAUGGAUUCUGUGUAUAUGUUAACAAAGGAGAUAUUAUCGCUUCAGAUGCUUGCAUCUCCCAUACUUUCCAGGUGUUUUAUCCAAAUGAUACAGAGUCAGACUUGUAUGCAUACGACGGAGAUGAUGCAGCUCCAAGAUACGUGACUCAUCCUGGUGUCCGCAAAGUGGCGCUAUUUCCCAUAAAAAUUCCACAGUUUGAUGGGGUUGAGUAUGGCGAAAAGGUCAACAUCAAAAUCAAUAUGUACUUUGGUCAGACAGAAAUACAUAUUGAAACGGUCAUAAAAGACCGAGUCUUCAUGGGCACCUCUGCAUUCGAAGCACAUGAAGUACAGAAGUUUCAGGCAGCACCUAUAACCCAAUUCCAUGAUGAGGAUUAUCCACCUCCCCCAGCAUAUGAUUAUCUUUGAGCUGGCUGGUAUGAUCAAAGGGAAAAGAACUAGCUAACGGACUUGAAACUAUAAAAAAUAUAUUAUUCUUAAUUUCUAAGCCCUAAACAUUCUACAUAAAAUAAACAACUAUGAAUAUUUUUAUCAAUUGAGC